AUGGAGAUAUCUCUUCUCAGUCCGACGACGCAGUUUCUUCUGCCGUCAUUUUCGAAGCCGAAUCGCCGAGUUCAUUUCUAUAAGCCUCUUAAACUCCGUUGUUCGGUAGCCGGUGGUCCCGCCGUCGGAUCUUCCAAAAUUGACGGCGGAGGAACCACCGUCACGGCGGAUUGUGUGAUUGUCGGCGGAGGUAUUAGCGGUCUCUGCAUUGCGCAGGCGCUCGCCACGAAGCACCCUGAUGCUGCGCCGAAUUUGAUUGUGACCGAGGCUAAGGAUCGUGUUGGAGGCAACAUCAUCACUCGUGAAGAGAAUGGUUAUCUCUGGGAAGAAGGUCCCAAUAGUUUUCAGCCGUCGGAUCCUAUGCUCACCAUGGUGGUUGAUAGUGGACUUAAGGAUGAUUUGGUGUUAGGAGAUCCAACUGCGCCAAGGUUUGUGUUGUGGAAUGGGAAAUUGAGGCCGGUUCCGUCAAAGCCAGCAGACUUACCGUUCUUUGAUUUGAUGAGCAUUGGAGGGAAGAUCAGGGCUGGUCUUGGUGCUCUUGGCCUUCGUCCACCACCUCCAGGUCGUGAAGAGUCCGUGGAGGAGUUUGUGCGGCGUAACCUCGGUGAUGAGGUUUUUGAGCGCCUGAUUGAACCAUUUUGUUCAGGUGUUUAUGCGGGUGAUCCUGCAAAGCUGAGUAUGAAGGCAGCAUUUGGGAAGGUGUGGAAACUAGAGCAGAACGGUGGAAGCAUCAUUGGUGGUACUUUUAAGGCAAUUCAGGAGAGGAAAAAAGCUCCCAAAACAGAACGAGACCCGCGCCUGCCAAAACCAAAGGGACAAACAGUUGGUUCUUUCAGGAAGGGACUUACAAUGUUGCCAGAAGCAAUAUCUGCAAGGUUGGGUAGCAAAGUUAAGCUGUCAUGGAAGCUCUCAGGCAUUAGUAAGCUGGAGAGUGGAGGAUACAACUUAACGUAUGAGACUCCAGAAGGUGUAGUUUCUGUGCAUAGCAAAACCGUUGUAAUGACUGUCCCAUCUCAUGUUGCAAGCAGUCUCUUACGCCCUCUUUCUGAAUCUGCAGCAAACGCACUCUCAAAACUUUACUAUCCACCAGUUGCAGCAGUCUCAAUCUCGUACCCGAAAGAAGCAAUCCGAACAGAGUGUUUGAUAGAUGGUGAACUAAAGGGUUUUGGGCAAUUGCAUCCACGCACGCAAGGUGUUGAAACUCUAGGAACUAUAUACAGCUCCUCGCUCUUUCCAAAUCGAGCCCCGCCCGGAAGAAUCUUGCUGUUGAACUACAUCGGCGGGUCUACCAACACCGGGAUUCUCUCAAAGUCGGAAGGUGAGUUAGUGGAAGCUGUUGAUCGUGAUUUGAGGAAAAUGCUGAUAAAGCCGAAUUCGAGCGACCCGCUUAAGCUAGGAGUGAGGGUAUGGCCUCAAGCCAUUCCUCAGUUUCUAGUUGGUCAUUUCGAUAUUCUCGACACGGCUAAAUCAUCUCUAACGUCUUCGGGCCACGAAGGACUCAUUUUGGGUGGGAACUACGUCGCUGGUGUAGCCUUAGGCCGUUGUGUAGAAGGCGCAUAUGAAACCGCAAACGAAGUUAGUAACAUCUUGUCACGGUACGCUUACAAAUAA